AUGACCAUUCUAAUUAUCCAUUCCACUCUCCUUCCAGCACCACGUCCGCUAUUAGCGAACGGUGGUCUGGUUUCAACGACGUCGCCGUCCGCACCUGCGCACAAAACUAAAACAUCUACCAGUCGAUCGCCUUCCUCGUCGUCAGCAUCCUCCAAGUCCUCCGCAUCCGGUUCAUCAAGAUCUCGAUCUCGAUCGCCAAUUUCUCGUCGUUCACGAUCGUCAACGCCUGAUAAACCGCCAACACCAUCAUCGUCGACACCUCCUGUCUCGAUCAAUAAUUCCAAUGUAUCAUCAUCAUCAUUGCUACAACAACAAGCAGCUGCAGCAGCUGCAUUGUUCUCUAGCGGUUCACUCAGUUCCCUGUUACCAAUGUAUAGUAUGGGUCUUUUCCCAAUUCCUCCUCCGCCUCUACCGCCACCGAUAUUGCCAGCAGUGAAUUUCUCAUCUGAACAAAUUGCUCGUGUUUGUGAAACAUUAGAAGAAAAUGGUGAUAUUGAUCGUUUAGGAAGAUUCCUUUGGUCGUUACAAGUUGCACCAGGUUCAGCGAAUCUUUUAGUACAACACGAAAGCAUUUUACGCGCCCGUGCACUCGUCGCAUUUCAUUUGGGCAAUUAUCGCGAACUGUAUCAUUUAUUAGAAAAUCAUAAAUAUACGCGUGAUUCACAUGCGAAAUUGCAAGCCAUGUGGAUGGAAGCACACUAUCAAGAAGCAGAAAAACUACGUGGAAGACCACUAGGACCAGUCGAUAAAUAUCGUGUUCGCAAGAAGUAUCCUCUACCACGUACGAUAUGGGAUGGCGAACAAAAGACUCAUUGCUUUAAAGAACGAACACGUUCAUUACUAAGAGAAUGGUAUUUGCAAGAUCCAUAUCCAAAUCCAGCCAAAAAACGUGAACUUGCACAAGCUACAGGAUUAACGCCAACACAACUCAAGCAAAGAAUCGAUCCAUAUCCAAAUCCAGCCAAAAAACGUGAACUUGCACAAGCUACAGGAUUAACGCCAACACAAGUAGGCAAUUGGUUCAAAAAUCGACGUCAGCGUGAUCGUGCAGCUCAAGCAAAGAAUCGACAACAAUACGGUUUAGGUGCCGGCAGUUACUCUCCUCCGUCGUCACCUGAUUCUUCAACGACGUGA